AUGGAAGGCUACUCAGGGGAGUCCUUCCCCCGAUCUGCUCCCUAUAAGAAGCAGGAGAAGCAGCGGGGCGAAGCAAAAGGCAGCAGCAGCAACCGCAGCAGCAGCCACAGCAGCAGCAGCAAUGGGAAGACGGAGGGCAGCAGCAGCAAAGGAUCCUCCUACAGCAGAUCACAGCUCUCCUUCCCUUUCUUAAAUGCUGCAGCAGCACCAGCAACAGCAGCAGAGCAGCAGCAACAGCAGGAGGAUGAUGCCUCCUUCUCUGCAGCAGGAAAUCGCGCUGAUGCAGCAGCAGCAGCAGCAGCAAUUAAAGCACCCUUGAAAGCAGGGGCGCUGCUGCUUGGUGUUGUUGCAGAAGUGCAUACAUCAGAGUUGCUGCUGCAGCUGCCUUAUGGGCUUGUGGGGUACGUACACCGCACCCACACACUGGAGCAGCAGCAGCAGCAGCAGCAGCAGCAGCAGCAGCGAAAGUCAAAAGGUUCGCCGAAGCAGCAGCAACAGCAAGAGACGGCUUAUGGGCAGCAGCUGCUGCAGCGCUUCUUUGUGGGGCAGCUGCUGCCUUGCGUUGUAAUUGGUACCCCAAGCAGCAGCAGCAGCAGCAGCAGCAGCAGCGCAUACGAGCUCUCGCUGCGGCCUUCGCUAUGCAAUGCCGGUUUGUCGCUGCAGCUGCUGCAGCAGGGAAUGCUGCUGCCUGCUAACGUCUGUUCUGUUGAGGAGCAUGGCUUGCUGCUAGACUUUGGAGUGCAGCACAGCAGCAGCAGCAGCAGCGGUAUCCGCGCCUUCUUGCCGCAACAGCAGCAGCAGCUGCUGCAGCAGCAGCACAACGUGGUGCUGCUGCAGGGCUCUGUUGUUCCGGUGGUGUUGCAGGAGGUCAAUAAGGCGUCGAGCACCAUCAUAUGCGCAGCAGCAGCAGCAGCAGCAGAAGCUGCAGCAACAGAAGCAGCAGCAGCAGCUCCUGUGUUUUCUGCCUUCGGGCUGCAGCAGCAGCUGCCCUACGACAGUUUGAGGCCAGGGCUGCUGCUGGAGUGCCGUUUGCUGCGGCCGAUCUUGCAUGCAGCAGCAGCAGCAGCAGCAGCAAAGCGGAUGCGAGGAGGCAGCGAGGCCGACAGCAGCAGCAGCAGCAGCAAGAACGUGACAGCAGCAGCAGACUUGCAGCAGGUAGAAGGAGUCGAGCUGAAGUGUCUUCAAGGCAUUACUGCAGUUGUGCUGCACCCUCAUGUUUCACACCCUGCGCUGCUGCAGCAGCAGCAGCAGCAACAGCGGCAGCUGCUGCUGGUCUCCAGCAGCAAGAAAGCGAAGCAAAACGGCAAGCACCAACAGCGUGGAGACAGCGAAAGCAGCAGCAGCAGCAGCACUGGCGCAGCAACAGAGGAGCAGCUGCUGCAGCAGUACGACCAGCAGCUGCUGCAGCUGUUCAACCCACGCCAGCAGCAGCAGCAGCAGCAGCAAGUGUACGGCCGGGUGAUUGCUUUGCUGCCGCAGCAGCGAGUAGUGUUUGUGUCUUUGCUGCCUCAUAUCGUGGGGUGGCAGCAGCAGCAGCUGCUGCGGCUGCUACCUCCUCAUUUGCUGCUGCCUGGAACGAAGAUUAAGGCGCCUCUUUCUAUUAUUAAGAGCAGCAGCAGCAGCAGCAGCAGCAGCAGCACAACAGCAAACAACGACGGGCAGCGGGCGCUGCUGCCGCUUCACAAGCUGCAGCAGCAGCUGGUGUUGCAGAGCAGCAGCAGCAACAAGGAUGAGGACCUUGUUGAAGCAGCAGUAACUAGAGACAGCAGCAGCAGCAACAGCAGCAGCAGCAGGUUUGCGCAGUUUGCUGUUGUUCGGGUUCCUCCUUUCUUUGACGUUGCUGGGGGCAGCAGCAGCAGCAGCAACAGCAAGCGGAAGCGCGAGCAGCAGCAGCAGCAGCAGCGGCAGCACCUCAGCCGCUGCCGGAUUCUGUUUGUUCAUUGGUUUGAUGUUGAGGUUGUUGCUGCUGCUGCUGCUUCCUUGCUGCAGGAGGCGCUGCUGUCUCCUGUGGAGGCGCAGCCAGGAGACAUCAUCCGCGGCACAGUUAUAAAAGCAAUACGCAGCAUCAGCAGCAAACAAAAGCAGCAGCAGCAGCAGCAGCAGCAACGCGUCGAGCAGCAGCAGACGGGACUCUUGCUGAGCGAUGUGCCGCUGCAGCAGCUACCUGAAGAUGCAGCAGCAGGAGCAACAAUGACAGCUCGCGUGCUGCGGCGCUUCUGCUGCAGCAGCUGCGACUUCCUAGAGUCUUCGUCUGCUGCUGCUGCUGCUGCUCUCAAUGGCUGCUGCACCAACAGCGGUGCGCAACAGCAGCAGCAGCAGCAACAGCUGUACCCACUCUACAGCAGCAGCAGCAUCACUUUCUCUGCAUUUGAGCGAGGCAGCCUUGCUGCUGCUCUUAUGGCUAUGGGGGGAGGAGGCAGCAGCCGUUUGCUGCUGACAUGUAGGAAGCUGCUGCUGAAGCAGCAAUCCCCGUUGCUGCCAGGGCCGCUGCAGCCAUCUGCUGCUGCAGCAGUUGCUGCUGCGCAGGCACUGCAGCAGCAGCAGCAGCGGCUGCUGCUGUCGGAGGAGCAGAAGCCCGUUGUGGAAAGGGGCCGCAUUAUCCUUGGCUACGUUAGCGAGAUAAAGCAGCUGCAGCAGCAGCAGCAGCAGCAGCGGCAGCAGCAGCAGCAGCAAAAGCAAAUAGUGCUGCGGUUCUUUGGGCCCUUCAAGGCUGUGCUGUCUCAGGCAGAUAUCCGUGCAGCAGAAGCAAACGGAAAAGAGUUUAAACUCGGCACCCUAGUCAAGGUGGCAGUAACAUCUGUGAAUCCUUCUCGCGGCACAUUGGAGGUGUCUACGGACCUCACAGCAGCAGCAGCAGCAGCUAAAGCAGACAGCAGCAGCAGCAGCAGCUUCGGAAGGCUCCUGUCUAUCGGAACUGUCUUCCCUGGUGAAGAGGCGCGGGUCGGGGCUUCGCUGCCGUUUAAAGGGGUUGUUAUUGCUGCAGCAUUUACUGUCUCCUUGGGGCCCUCAACUCUUGCUGCUGCUGCUCGGUCUAAACGCAAACGCAACAGCAGCAACAGCAGCAGCAGCGGAGAUGCAGCUGCGGACCCCGUUAUUGCUGCAGCAACGAAAAAGGUUGAGAAGCUGCUGCAGGAGAACAAACAGCAGCUACCUGACAUCUGCCUCAUCAGCUGCAAGCCCUCCGUUUGGGUGUCGUCUCUCGCCAGCAGCAGCAGCAACAGCAGCGGCAGCAGCAGCAGCGGGCGUUACUUUGCUCGCAGCAGCACGGAGCUGCAGCGGGUGCAUGCAGCAGCAGGGGCCUCUCCUUUGCUGCUGUGGGGAUAUGUGAAACAAGCUGUAUCAUUUGGGGUGUAUGUGUCGUUGGGGUGUAUGCAUGCACAGGGUGUAUCUCUAUUUCGAACUCUUUCUUCUGAUUUUAUACCCACAGAGCAGCACUUAGCUUCUAGGCUUCCUCCAGGGCUUACAGUUAAAGCUGCGCUGCUUCCGCAGCAGCAGCAGCAGCAGCAGCAACAGCAGCAGCAGCAUCUCGUGGAGCUGCGGCCUCAGAAAAUCAACAAAGUGCUCAGAGAGCAAAGUGAAGACGCAGCAUUGGCUGCUGUAGCACUUCCUACGCUGCAUGGUAUGCUGCAGCAGCGGGCAGCAGCAGCAGCACUAGCUGCUGCUGCUGCCGCUGCUGCUUCACCUGCACCUGAGGCAUGCGUCUGCAGCAGCGCGCUGCGCUGCGGCCGUUUGCUGCGCUGCAGCUUCGCGGAGAUGAAUUCUAAGGGGGGUUUAUUUCGUGUUGCUGGCUGCUGCUCUGGGGCUGCAUGCGUUGCUGUUGUUGUCCCUCCAGCGUUCUUGCCGCUGCAACUGCAGCAGCAGCAGCAGGAGCAGCAGGAAGGGGAGGACGCGGAGCAGCAGCAGCAGUUUGAUUGCCUCAUCGUGGCAGCAGACAGCUGCAGCAAAACUGCAUUUGGUUGCUGCAGCGGGGAGCUGCUGCAGCCUUUCUUGCUGCUGCGGCAGCUAGCAGAGGAAGGACAGCAGCGGGGCAGCAAACUGCUGCGCUGCAAAGUGGGUGUCGCUGCUGCUGCAGAUGUUGCAACGGGCACUGACGAGGAUGCUGCCGAGCAGCAGCAGCAGCAGCAGCAGCAAGAGUUAACGAUUCGCCUGCGAAAGAAAGCCAAGGUGAAGCAGCAGCAGCAGCAGCAGCAGACAGAAGCUUCUGAGUGGGAGUGGAAGUCUGACGGGAUGCCCCCAGCGCUGCUGCAGCUGCUGCAGCAGCGACUGCUCAAUCAGAAGCAGCAGCAGCAGCAGAGGAGAGGGGUGUUGGCUGCAGAUCUUGGGCUGCUUGCUGUUGCUGCAGUUGCUGCUGAUGCUGUGGAGUUUACACUCGAAGACAGCGCAGCGCUGCGGCUGUCUCUGCCUCUCUUCUGUCUAACUUUGUCUCCUAUCAGCAACAACGAGCAGCAGCAGCAGCAGCAGCAAGAGCAGCAGCAGCAAGAGGACGGUAGGGCGCCAGCUGUGAGUGCUAUUGCGUCUCUUGUUGGCUGCAAUCUCGAUCUGGUGGGUGCCGUCUCUUCUGCUGCUGCAGCAGGAACAGCAGCAGCUGCAGCAGCAACAGAAGUAGCAGAAGCAGCAGCUGCAGCAGCAGCAGCAGACAAGGCGCUGCCACAGUUGGUGCUGCCUCUUUGCUGCCGUUCCCGUGACGAUGUGCAGACGAAGGGGCUGCCUACUGCUGCAGCUGCUGUAGCAGCUGCAGCAGCAGGCCCGCUGCGGCAGCAGAUAGACAAAGAGCAGCAGCAGCUGCAGCAGCUAGCCACAGCUCCAGCAGCAGCAGCAGAACUGCAAGUUGGGUGUGUUGUAAGGUGCCGCUUAGUCAAAAUAACUCCCUGUGCUGCUGUAGCAGAGCUGCUGUCUCCUCACUUCAAGGCUAAGGUGUAUAUACACCCCAGCGACGCGCUGCCUCCUGUUGCAGCAGCUCCCGAGCAGCAGCAGCAGCAGCAGCAGCAGUGUUUGUGGGCUCCGCCGCAGCUGACGGAGGAGACUGUACUUCCGGUGUCUCCUUUGGGGCUGCUGAGGGUGAAGCAGGAAGUCUGCGUUGUUAUUCUUGCUGUUCAUAUAUACAGAAACAGCAGCAGCAGCAGCAGCAGCAGCAGCGACGAGGAAGAGGGCUUUGGAGGCCUCAUGGGCUCCUUGAAAAACCCUAAAAAGGAGACAGUCGUCAUCAGCGGAGGCCUGUUCAGGCCAGCAGCAGCAGCAGCAGCAGCAGCAGAAGUUGAAGGGAAACCCUCUUCAAAACAAAAGAAGCGCAAGCAGCAGCAGCAGCAGCAGCAGCAGCAGCAGCAACAGCAACAGCAGUGUGAAGCGGAGUGGGGAGUGAUUGAGAAGACUUUAUCUGGGCACAUUUUCGUAAGCUGCGGCUGGAGCAGCUACAAGGGGCAGCAGGAGGCACAGCAGCAGCAGCAGCAGCAGCAGCAGCAGCAGCAGCAGCAGGAACAGGAGCAGGAGGAGCAGCAGCAGCGGCACCCUCGGCGUCGAGGAUGUAUAUAUAUAUUAGAUUGCUCUUCCUCGCGAAGUGGUCUCAGCAACCCACAUUCUUUAUUUAAGAGAGGCAGCAUGCUGCUGCUGCGGCAGCUGCCUUUGCUGCGGUGUACGGAUGCCUCGCUGUCUCUUGCUGCAGCAGAAGCAGCACCGCCAACAGCCACGGGAGACACCAGGCGCUUCCUUGUUGUCGGGCCUUGUGAUGCAGCAGCAGAUCAGCAGCAGCAGCAGUUGCUGCUCUUGCAGCAGCAGCAGCAGCAGCAAUUGCGCCAGCACGAGGAGAAACACAAACACAAACUGCUGCUGCCUCCUUCACCGCUGCAGCAGAAUUUGCUGCUGCGUCCUCUGCUGUCUCCUGCUGCAGCAGCUCCCAUCCCAGAGGAAAUCAAAACGCUGACACAGCUGCUGCUGCUGUCCGAGAGCAGCAAAAUGCUGCUGCGACUGCCGCUGCUAGCUUCUAUUCAUUUAACAGAGUUAACAGAUGAGUUGCUGCAGCACCCGCUGCAGCAGCUGCAGAUAAGUGUGGGGCAGUUCGUCAGGGUCAAGGUCCUCCAGCAGCAGCAGCAGCAGCAGCAGCAGCAGCAACAGCAGCAACCGGUGGCGGUGCAGGCUACUAUGAGGCAAAGAGCCAUUGAAGCUGCUGCAGAGACAGAAGAAACUUCGAAGCUGCCAACUAACAUCAGCGACAUUAAGGUAAGCAACCCCGGUCCUGCAGCAGCAGCAGCCGCAGCAGCAGCAGCAGCAGCAGCAGCAGCAGCAGAAGCAAUAGCACUAGCAGGAGCAGAAGCAGCAGCAGCAGCAGCAGCAGGAGAAGCAACAGAAACAAUAGAAGCAGCAGCAACAACAGUAGAAGCAGACACAGCAGCAACAGUGAAAGCAGAAGCAGCAACAGCAGCAACAACAGUAGAUCCAGAUGCAUAG